GCCUGACGAUCCUUUUUCACCGAGCUUUCAGUGUGGACCAGUCCUUAAAUCGUUUACGACCAUCAUUAUUUUCUCUGACGUCAUUAGUGAUUUUGGACUACAACAAAAUGGUUUUCUCCAAGCUCGAUUUAUACAGUCAAUAGCGAUCGAUCACACUGCUCUAUACGGCUAAGGUUUCAGUCACUUGUGGAUUGCAAACGUGGGUAUCGAUCAGAUUGUCCCCCCUGACGCGACAAUGCAAUCACGACGAGCCGAGUACAGUAGCUAUCAGAGUGAAAGGGACAGGCGGAGGAUGUAGCAUCGGGGUUGACAAGAUCGCCAGGUGCGCUUCUACAGGGCAUCAUGAGUAUCAAAUCAAACGGGAGCACUAAUGGGGGCCGGCCCCGCUCCCUUUAUGAGGAACCAGAAGAGGAGCGGCACGAACUCAAACUGGACAGCAUCGUUUCAAAACCAAGAACACCAACUUUUGUGUACGUGUUGACAUUUUUCUCGGCCCUAGGAGGAUUUCUGUUCGGGUAUGACACUGGUGUUAUAUCUGGGGCAAUGAUCUUGCUCCGGAAUGAAUUCAAUCUGUCGUCGGUCUGGCAGGAACUUAUUGUUAGCGUCACCGUCGCCGCUGCCGCCGUUUUUGCACUCAUAGGAGGGUAUUUAAAUGACCGACUUGGACGUCGGCCUGUUAUUAUGGCUGCUAGCAUAGUGUUCACCAUUGGGGCCGUUUGUAUGGCAAUUGCCGGGGAUAAGUACCUCCUACUUGCUGGACGGGUCAUCAUUGGAGCUGGAAUAGGCAUGACUUCAACAACAAUACCCAUGUACUUGGCAGAAUGUUCUCCCGCACAUAUUCGAGGUCGGCUUGUGUCAACAAACAUCGCCAUGGUUGCGUGUGGACAGUUCGUAGCAAACGUUAUCGAUGGUAUUUUCGGAUGGGACGAAACGACUGGAUGGAGGUAUAUGCUGGGCCUUGCCGGUAUUCCUUCAUUCGUACAGUUCCUGGGUUUUAUAAUGAUGCCCGAAAGUCCUCGAUGGCUCAUUAUCAACCACAAGGACGAACGGGCUCGGCGAGUACUGCAGACAAUGAGGGGACAAUUGGACAUUGAAGAAGAGUACGACUCGGUCAAAAACAGCUGUAUGGAAACGGAAGUGGAGGAACAGAAACGAUCAAAGAUGCCUAUCAUUAUCCAGAUGAUACAAACACCUUCUAUCCGACGGGCUCUGAUCGUGGGGUGCAGUUUACAAAUGUUUCAGCAGGUUGCUGGAAUCAAUACAGUGAUGUAUUACAGUGCAACAAUUAUACGGAUGUCUGGGGUAAAAGGAGACGAGACAGCUAUCUGGCUUUCUGCUGUGACGUCUUUCGUUAAUUUUAUGUUUACAAUUCUUGGUUUAUACUUGGUGGAAAAAAUAGGAAGACGUGCUCUUACACUUGGCAGUCUCAUAGGUGCUGUUAUAAGUCUGGCAUGGCUGGCAAUUGGUUUCCACCUCUCGGCCAUCUACACACCACCAGUGACAAAUAUAGAAAGUAUAUCGGCGAGUUCUCCUUGUUCAACACUUUCAACCUGUAAUCAAUGUAUGAGGGCACUGGAGUGCGGUUACUGCUAUCUGGACAACAUUAGAGGGCCAACAAAUAGUUCGUGUUUACCGACCGACUACGAGGACCCUUGGCAAUCCACAAUUGGUCGAUGCAAUACAACAUCAUUGUCCGGCAACCUCACCUGGGCAUAUGACUAUUGUCCCACCGACUAUUCAUGGAUGCCGAUGGCUGGAUUAGUUCUCUAUCUCAUUUUCUUUGCACCUGGUAUGGGACCCAUGCCAUGGACAAUAAAUUCCGAAAUAUAUCCUUUAUGGGCAAGAAGUACUGGUAAUGCUGCGUCGACCUUUACAAACUGGAUAUUUAAUCUUGCCGUGUCUAUGUCUUUUAUAAGCCUUACCGAAACUUUAACGCGACAAGGGACGUUUUGCCUUUACGCGGGGAUGGCGUUGAUAGGAGUGGUCACAUUAGGCUUUUUGCUGCCCGAGACAAAGGGAAAGAGUUUGGAAGAAGUAGAAGGUCUCUUUGCUCAACCGUGGUGCAGCGGUAGACAAACAAUUAGCUACAAUACAAAAACAAUUCAAUAUGUGCACAUACGUGGUCUUAAUAGAGAUGGUCGAGAAUCAGAAUUAGAUUCCCCUGAAUGAUGGAAAGUAAAAUGCAGUAAACUAUUUACGCCGGUCACUAAUGUCAAUCCUCUGGUAAUGUCCUUUAUGAAAGGCCAAUACUUUUGAUGGAAUAAUAGUCAAUCAAUGAUCUCCUAUAAAUGAUUUUAGCAAAUGUACUUUAUUGGUACAGAAAUGGCUCAUAUAUCCCCUGCCCCCUAGUUAUCAUUGUGCUUAAUUUAAAGACGGAUUCCCGCUGGUUUUCGGUAUUUUGUAAAACUAUUACAAUCGUUUUCCUCUCAUUGUACAUUAAAUAUUACUGAUUAACUUCCCAGCAGAACCAAAAUCGCAAAUGAAACAAUAUGUGCGCUUUGGUACGUUACAAAAUUUUCAUACAGUAGGUUGCUAGUGUGUCAGAGACAUGUAGUUUCUUUAUGUUUCAUAUGACUUCUCCGUCUAUUUUUAUCCAAAAUGUCCAAAGCUGGUUGUUUUUUAUCAAUAUUCUAUAUUUAGAAAUAUUAUUUGGAAUUUCUUUCGCUGAUACUAUUAAAAGUUUAGUACUUGUUUUAUACUAGAAAAAUAAGUAGCUCUUUCCCAACUAGUGAAAUAUUGUCACAAAAUCAGUUUGGAAUCAAUCUUUAAUGUAUGAUUGUACUAUUAUGUAGAUUUUAAAACCAGUGUUUGUAACAUUUUGUUGAGAGAAGAUCAUUACUUUGUUUACGUGAGAAGAGCAUAGCCAUAAGCCGAAAAUAAUAAUACUUAAAUAUGGGUAUGUUGUUUUUGCUUUAACGUGAAUAUUAAGUUUGCGAUUGAGAUAGAUAAUAGAGAGAGAUAGAACCAAUCAUGUUCAGGCAAUAUCUAUUCUGAAUGUUAUACUUUUACAGGAUACUUCAUCUGCAUUAGCUGGUAUCAAAUUCCAAUCAAUGAAUACCUAAUGAACUUAAGACGAAUAAGGUGCCAUGUUAAGACGCAAUCUAAUGCCCUUCAAAGUUGUCAUGUUCCACUAUUAGUCUAAUAUUUUAAUAAAAAGAGAAGGUAAGGUAUGGUGACACAAAAAUAUUAAUAGAGUGAUAUAUUUUGACUUUACGUCGACCGCCUGGAAACUUAUAAUAUACAUUUUAUAAAUAGUUCGAAUAUUUUAAAGAACAGAUUUUAGAUAUUUUGUAUAUUCAUCUUGUUACCCUAAGUCUUAAGAAUAUAACCAAAAAUAUUAAGCAUUUACGCAAAAUGUUUGGGAAAUACGAAAACAAAAAACUAUGAAAACCUCUUAUUUAGAUUCUAGUCAUUACAAAUAUUCUUUCCCGAAAUUCCAAUUCAUUUAUUUAUUUGUACUCUUACAAAUUGUGUUGUAAGCGGCAUUUAUGUUCAAAACUACAAACAGUGUUUUACAUUGAGAGUGAUAUAUAUAUAUAUGUUGACAAUGGAAUUUUACAUAUAACCACUAUUAUUUACAAACUUCACUAAAAGCUUGAACGAAGAAAUUGUUUUUAUUUAUGAAAAAUAUAAUCAAAAAUUCACAUGAAGUAAGUAGAAUUAUCAACUUGUUGAUAUAGCUACAGACAGCGAUAUUCAUUUGUAUUAUUUCAUGAAAAUCCCCUAUGUCAAAUUAAGCCUUUAAUUCUCCCAUUUUUUAGUCGUUCCGCGGUCUCUUCUGACUCUUAUUGUCAUAUUAGUUUAUGGAGUAGACUAGUUCCAUUUAAUGGGUGUUUUUCAUCAUACUCAUAAUUUCUCAUUGCUGUCAAAAGUCUACAGAGAGGUUUGUCUCAUUAUAUGUUAUACAUUGGAACUAGAAUAAAUGCAUCAUGGUGCUAAGCCAAUAUAAACUUCUUUAAAUGUAAACAUUAGAGCUUUUAAAAUUUCAAAAAAAAGGAAUUUAUGCAGCGCAACGCAGCGAAUUAAACUGAAAAAUACAAAGGGAAGGAAACAGAACAGUCAAAAAUAUGACAUUCACAGACUGUCUAGAAACUAUACAAACGUAUGGUUAACACCACAGAAAGAAAAGUAUUCAUGUCGAAUAAAAAAAAAACAGUUGUAUCUUAGAUAUGUAUGUGCCAAAAUAUACAAAAAGAGUUAGAUAUACUAACUGGUACCUCUUCUUUUAUAUUUUGAAAAACUAUCAAAUACCUGUUAAACUCAAAUUGACUAUGAAUGCAUGAAGUGAGAGCCGUUAGUUAUGUGUUCACUUAUUUUAUGUUAAUGUUAUAGUUGAGGCUUAUUUUAUAAGGAUCUAUUAAGUGCAAAUGUACAGAAAUUCCAUUAGAUUGUCGAUAAUUUAGUGUCCAAGCACGUCAUGAAUCAUUUAUAUGUAACCAUGUCAUUAAGUAUUAUUCUUGCAUUUCAACCGUUAACAUGCAGAUACAUAGAAGUAAAAAGUUGAAAGUGGUUGCCAUUUGAAAUCUAAUAUAUGGUCCGACUGAAGAACCAAUCCAUUUAUCCUUUUAAAGCAAAUGCUCGCUUAUACAGACGUAUACAAGGAUACAGAAAAAAAAAUCAUUUAGAAAUUGCAAAAUAAUUUUCCGUAAAAAAGAAGUGAUUAAUUUUAUAUGAAUACACUUAACAAUAGUUUGUCCAUAAAAACACAUUACACAAAUAAAUUAUAACGACAGUUUAUUUGAUAGAUCACAAUUAUACAAUUUGCGAAAAGCAAUUAUUCAUUAAUUUCAAAUACGACUUCAUACAAGCUAGAUAAUUCUGAAUCUUCACAUUAACUGCGAAUUAUAAAAUGAGAUUGUGAGUGUCCAUGUGUGUUAUACAGUGGUUUGUACUAUCCAAUAGAACAGCAAUAUUUUGUGAUCAUAAUUUAGUUACAAUAUACUUGUCGUUCAAUGUUACGUGGAAUUAUUUUUGUGAUAAUGAAUAAAGCAUCUAAUUUGU